CAGGCGGAGACUGCAUGGGCCAACACUGUCCCACACCUGGCAAUGACCGACCGAGUCAUCAAAUCGUCGGUCUCGAUGGGUCGACUGACAGCUUUCGAGUUGGAGAAGAGCGAAGAGGUUUUGCCACUCGGCCAUGAAUAAUCUACACUAAGUACAGUCCGGAAAGAUGCCACCAUGACACUCCAGAAUCUCCAACCACAACACGACUUUCUUCGGCAGGCCUGACAAAUUUCGACUUCGGGCGAGGGCAAAACGCCUGGUGGACUUGGUAGGAAAUCGCAGUAUCCACGGCUCCGGACGCCGUCUGUCGUCUCUUGCGCAUGGACGCUUUUGCCACCAUUUCUAUCUCGCGCUGUGGGCAUUGUGAGCAGGGGUAGAAGAAACCAGCGGUCCUGUAUUCUGUCAAGCAGCACUUCUCAACUCGACCUGGGAAGCGUUCGGGACGGUCACACAGCGACGAGGGAACCAAAUGGCUGACGACUUCGACAAUCCCCGUGAUGUUGAGCUCAGCUCCCUAUCCGCCAUCUAUCCCGAAAUUCAACAGCUACGGCCAGACGAUCCGUACACCAUCACACUUGAUGUGCCGGUCAACCCGUCAAAAGCCGUUACCGUCUUCUUCCCCGCCGCCGCCGACGAUGCAUCUCUCCCGAGAGCAAACGGCGUCCCAAAAGGCGCCGACCCUGUUGGUGCAGACCAGCAAGCUCCCGUCGACUCACACGAGCUAGCACAUCUCCCCUCGCUGCACCUGGAAAUCACGUUAGGGCUCCUCUACCCUGCGGAGCAGCCACCAACAGUCACGAUAUCGACCGAUCCCCCGUGGCUCCCCGCCGAGGCAAUCAAGCGGUUGGAGGAUGACGCACCUCGGCUAUGGGAAGAGAUGGGCCGUGACAUGAUUGGAUUUACGUACAUCGACCAUGUGCAGCAGGCAGCCGACAAUGUUUUCGGCCUUGUGGACGAUAAAGGGUCGCUGGAGGUCGAUCCACGGCACAAGAUCGCUAUCUUAGACUACGAUAUCAAGGCGAGAAGAGCGGCGUUCGAGAAGGAGACAUUCGAUUGCGGAGGCUCGGCCUGUCAUCGAAUGCUAGACUGCGGACAUGUCUUCUGCGUCCCCUGUCUACAGGACUUUUACAACAAUGCCAUCAAGGAGGGAGAUAUCGCGGCCGUCAGAUGUCUGGCGCCAAAUUGUGCGAAGGAGCGGUCCAAAGCUGCCUCUUUGUCCACCAAAAAACGCAAGAAGCCCCGGACCUUCAUCAACCCUAGUGAGCUGCUACAAAUACCGCUCGACCAGGAAACGGUCAAGCGCUACGUGACGCUGAAGUACAAGACGGAGCUCGAGGCCGACAAGAACACGGUGUAUUGCCCGCGUCCCUGGUGCAAUGGUGCCGCGAGAUCCAAGAAGCACAAGAAACCCCAAGGCUUGGAGCUGGCGGAAGCAUCGGAUGACUCCGCAUCGGAAGACGAAGACGACGAAGACGGCCCCGAAGGCGAGGGGAAAUCCAGACCCUACAAGGCGGCCGAAGAACUCCUAGCUAUCUGCGAGGAGUGUGCGUUCGCCUUCUGCAGCCGCUGUCAACAGUCAUGGCACGGCGAGUUCGUCCGCUGCACGCCGCGCCGCGACAAGGAAGAGCUCACCGCCGAGGAACUUGCCUCGCUCGAAUACAUGAAAAUGCACACCACCCCCUGCCCUACGUGUGGAGCGCCGGCACAAAAAACCCACGGCUGUAACCAUAUGAUCUGCUACCGCUGCCAGUCCCAUUUCUGCUAUCUCUGCUCGGCCUGGCUCGACCCGGGCAACCCAUACCGACACUUCAAUGAGGCGCCUGACGGGCGUGUGACGGGCUGUUACAUGCGUUUGUGGGAGCUAGAGAUGGGGGACGGGGACGACGUUGGCAUCGGUUUUGCGGGAGGUCGGGGUCAUGAUGCCGGCCAGGGCGUCCCUGCGCCGGUGCCGAUUGAGGAGCUGAUCCCUGAGAUUGAAGAGCCCGAGGAGGAGGACGAAGGAGAAGCCCAUGCCGCAGCCGUGCGACAGCAUGAGGAUGCACAUGCGAACGGUGGGCAAGUCGGCGUCGCUCGCGAGGGCCCGCUGGUCCUUCGGAUCGCUGCCAACCAACGUGGAGCGCCGGGGCGUGGGGGGCCUCGUGCUCGACAGCCGCCACCACCUGCAGUACCAGCGCCUCCUGCAGCAGCGCCCCUGCCGGUACCUGCUCGAGGAAGAGCAAGAGCAGCGCGAGGUGUGCGGCCCCAGCAGCAGGCGGGUCGCGGGGCAGGUGCGGCAGUAGCAGCAGGGGCAGCCGUCGCUGGGCAGAGAGGGCGCGGCCGAGGCCGUGCUCAUCGGCAGAAUAACAAUAACCCAGCAAAUCAGGGAGAGGUUGCGCAGCACCGUAACCUCAACAACGGCAAUGCGAACCUCGGUGAUCUCGGCGGGGACGUACUGGAUCCGCGGCACGAGGAAUGGGUUAGGCAGUUUGUGCAGGCUGCGUUGAAUGACGAGGAAGAUAUCCUCUUCUUCGACGACGAUGCUCCGGACUGGGACUUCCUGGACUAA